AUGAAUUACGAAUUUGAGCGAGAGAUUGGUUUUAUCAAUAGCCAGCCGUCGCUCGCCGAGUGUCUGACAUCUUUUCCCCCUGUCGCUGAUACAUUUCAAAGUUCAUCAAUCAAGACCUCGACGCUUUCACACUCGACACUGAUUCCUCCUCCUUUUGAGCAGACCAUUCCCAGCCUGAACCCGGCCAGUCACGCUCGCCACGGCGCUGGCGGCCGCCCCAAGCCGAGCCCCGCGGGCAGCCGCGGCAGCCCCGUGCCCGCCGGCGCCCUGCAGCCGCCCGAGUACCCCUGGAUGAAGGAGAAGAAGGCGGCCAAGAAAACCGCGCUGCCUCCCGCCUCGGCCGCCGCCUCCGCCGCCGCCACCGGCCCUGCCUGCCUCAGCCACAAAGAAUCCCUGGACAUCGCGGACGGCAGCGGCGGGGGUUCCCGGCGCCUGCGAACUGCUUACACCAACACGCAGCUCUUAGAGCUGGAAAAGGAAUUUCAUUUCAACAAGUACCUCUGCAGGCCCCGGAGGGUGGAAAUCGCCGCGCUGCUGGAUUUGACGGAGAGACAAGUGAAAGUGUGGUUUCAGAACCGGAGGAUGAAGCACAAGAGGCAGACCCAGUGCAAGGAGAACCAAAACGGCGAGGGGAAACUGAAAGGCCUGGAGGACUCAGAGAAAGUGGAGGAGGACGAGGAGGAGAAGUCGCUCUUCGAGCAAGCCCUCAGCGUCUCUGGGGCCCUUCUGGAGAGGGAAGGGUACACUUUUCAGCAAAACGCCCUCUCGCAGCAGCAGGCUCCCAACGGACACAAUGGCGACUCCCAAAGUUUCCCUGUUUCGCCUUUAACCAGCAAUGAGAAAAAUCUGAAACAUUUUCAGCACCAGUCACCCACUGUUCCUAACUGCUUGUCAACAAUGGGCCAGAACUGUGGCUCGGGCCUAAACAAUGACAGUCCCGAGGCCCUCGAGGUCCCCUCUUUGCAGGACUUCAACGUCUUUUCCACAGAUUCCUGCCUGCAGCUUUCAGAUGCAGUCUCGCCCAGUUUACCAGGGUCCCUCGACAGUCCUGUAGAUAUUUCAGCUGACAGCUUUGACUUUUUUACAGACACACUCACCACAAUCGACUUGCAGCAUCUGAACUACUAA